GGGAAAGUGUGGCAGUUUAUUCGAUCAGGAAUGUCAUGGAGUCUUGUCAAAAGCAAUCUCCAUUUUCUCAGUUUGGUCCCCAUCGUGUAGCGUAAACCAAUAGUAAGUAUCCAUCAAUUGUAUGGCUGACCCACUAGGUACCAAAUUUCCAAACAAUAUCUAUCUGCAUACCGUCGCGGGGUGCUUCUCGCAGUGGAUUAUAUGAUUUUGUUGCUACUUCCAAAACCACGAUAUAACAUGCUCCAACUCGUAGCAAGGUCUUUAAAUCUGUCAAGAUGCUGGGGAUAGAUCGGACAUUUGAUUCACAGUACGGAGGCGUUCUCUCCAAUGAACGUCAUUGCCAUAUAUGACUUCUUCUGAAAGGCCAGUUUGAAGGCCACGACGCUCACUACGCACAGGAUGCUUCCGCAUCUUAUUUCUUGAGCAGGUCAAGGUCUGGAUAACCCCUUUGUGAUCCUAACUGGAUCCAGCUAUAAACGGCUGAGCGACAUACCAGAAAAGCAGCCUGUCAUCAGCUUAGCCUUAAGAUCCCACGGGGGAGGGCGUAGAUGAUACGCUUUGGAAACUGUCGCUGGGGGUUGGGCAGAUGUCAACUUAUGGUGCUGAUGUCACAUCUCUAUCGCGCAAAUUGUGCUGUUAAGCGCGGCAGGUGGUGCUUCGUGUGCCGCCUGUUAAAUGCGAACCGAGAAAUGAGCUAGCAUGAAUCCCGAUGUGCACUGGUCGUGUAACCUUUCAUACCCAUUGGGAUGACCUGCAAAUAUGUGGCAGUGAUACCUCCUGGACGUUGGUCAAUCGGUAUGCGCAUGCGCAUAUCGUUGAUCCUGUCUGGUAUGAUUGCUGCGAAGUGCUUUGCCCUUGUCCUCUGGGUGAAGGGACGCACGCACAUAGCCAGGCCUCCUGGAUUCAUCAGGCGAGUUCCUUUUGCGUACGAAGAGAUGUCUGUGCUAUGAAGACGUCCGUCCUUUGUUCGUGUCGGAGCUCGCGUUUCCUCUGGAAACGUGAAACCUAGUCCAGACUACUCUUUCACUGGUCUUCGUUGCUAUCCUUUCUUCCCUGAACGUCAAGAAGGCCAAAUACCGUCGAUGCGCUGAGUACAUUUUCAGUGGCGGCCCUUCUAUUAAUAAUAGAAUACCUGUGGCAAAUCAGAGUGUACAUGUUUAUAGAGCUGCAACCGCAUAAAAAUGUGAUCACGUCCGGUAUACUGAAAUACUGCCGGAUGCUCAACGUAG